CUUGCGCAUGCGCUGCUAUGGCUGGCAACAGCUGGGGCCGGAACGCGGUGCCCCUGUGCGCGGGGGCGGUGCUGGGGGGCGCGCUCGUUCUGGAGGUCUUCGUGGUCCUGCUGCAGCUGCGGCACGAAGAAGGCAACGGGCACGAGCACAAAAAAGGACAGCCGUUUCCGUUCUUUUCGCUGGUAUUCCUGCUCCUCGUGCUCGGGAACGCGCUUGAGAAUGCACGCCGCUUCAUCACCGCCUCGCCCAGCACGCGGGGCGUCAUGCUUGCGGGGGCGGGGCAAGGAUGGGAUUACUGCUACUCCUGCCAGACCCAUGUGCCUCCCCGCUGUGCCCACUGCUUCUCCUGCAAUGUUUGUGUCCUGCGGCGCGACCACCAUUGCACGAUACUGGCCCAGUGCUUGGGCUACCAGAACUACCGAUACUUCCUUUGCCUGCUACUGCACGGGGCUGCUGGGCUGCUAUUUGGCUGCUUGCUCAACGCCAAAGUAGUCAUGUUACUACAACAGGAGGAGACUACGAUCCAUACGGUCCUUCUGCUUGUUGUGCCCUGGCUUAUGCUACUGAUAGGCCAAGUCAGUGUCCCAACUUUCAUUUAUGCCUUUGUGACGGAUGUCUUCAUGGUGAGCUUCCUCUUCUGCAUGGGUUUCCUGCUCUUCCAUGGCCUGCUGGCUCUGCGUGGUCAGACAACCAAAGAAUGGUUUGAAGAAAAUCACCAGUAUGACUUAGGAUGGCGACGUAAUCUUCAGGAUGUCCUGGGACAGCGGUGGUACUUUGUGUGGCUCUCACCUUUCAUUUCUUCCCCUUUGCCUGGGGAUGGAAUCACCUUCCAAACCAAGAAACCCUGAACUGAACCACUCGCCAAGCCCUGUGGCUGCUAAAGGUUUUUUCUGGUUCUUACCAGGAAAGUUCGGCCACUGUGGGAGCGUGACAGCUGUCCUCCACUAUCUGCCUUUGUUCACAGCUAUAGAUGUUUUUAUUGCAGAGCUCUCCAAAUAUGGUGCUCCUCCUGCAAUCUCCAACUGCUUUGUCCACUUCCCUACUGCGGAGAUGUUUCUUUGGUAUUUGAAGAGGCUAGCAGAUUUGGAAGGAAGACGAUAUGGGGACUGUCCUUCUUGGCCUACUCCUUCUGGACUUUUUUCAUCUCAACCCAACAUGAGGGGACCAAAUUUUUGCUCUCAGUGCUUUCCCAUUAGCUUUCUUGCCUUUAAUGUAAUCUCCCCCUUGUUCUCUAAGGCAGUAAGGAACAUUAAGUAGCUGAAAAUAACAUGAACCAUGUUGAAUAGGUGAAGAGCUGCCAAAUCUGUAUAAUUGUGGAGAUUUUGUUUGUUUGUCUUUUUUCCUUCCCCUUGGCAACAGCUGUGGGGUUGAGUCUCUGGAGAAUGUAGAGAACACAUUGGCUUUUGAAAUGAACAGGACUUGAACUAAUUAAUGGUGAGGUUCUGCAACUGCAGCAUAUUGGAAUUCUGGUGAUUUUUUUUGGUUUACCUACUUCCUUUAGGAUUCUGCCAGUUGUCUCACAAUACUUGGCUGCAGCAGCUAUCUGCACUGUUGACUUGAAGUUUUUCCAUAUGUGACUCCUACAAUAUUCACUGCCAGUUUAUUUCACAUUGCCCAUUGACUCCUUUUAAAAAAUAUUUUCUGCCAAACUCAUAUUGUAAUUCCUCUGUAACUGCUACAAAUAUGUAGAGAGUAGUCUGGUGCCUCAAUUUCUUAAGUUUAUGACGUUGCCAUAUAUGGAAAGUCCAACUAGUGCCCCACCCACCCAUGUGGUGGCUCAUGAGAUCCUAGGGACUAAGUCUUCUAGGACAUUCUACACAAACAUGGAUAUUCAGCUAAUGACCCCCCUUCCCCAAAAGGUGGGCCUAUUUAGGAGGAACACUGGAGACAUCUAAAACGGCACACUAAACAAGGUAUUACAGGUAUUUAGCAGUAGAGAGAGGCAGUAAUGGUGCUGCUGCAGUAUGUAUUCUGCUUCUGAAAACAGCAACAGACAGAAUAGCAAAAAAUCACCUUUUAGCAACUCCCCAAGGGAAGCCUGGGAAAUGUUGCCAGUCCUUACACUUUGUGAGUAGCUAUAACUUCUUUGUACCUUCAGUGGUAAGCUGGCUUACAACACUUUCAAAAAUCAAAAAGAACUGAUGAGAGACUUAACACCAUCAGGCUCUGGCAAUGGCUACCCAUUCCAUGGCACCAAGGUUUAGAUUUGGCAAAACUCGGUUCAGAUCUUUUCUUAGCUAUGAUCUCUACAUUUGGCUUUGGGCAAACUACUGUCUUAGCUCAGGUUUUUCAAUCCAUCAAUCUUUAUUACAAUCAUAGACCCACAUAAGAUAAAUAAGAUAUCAAUUAAAAGGAUAAAAUAUAUUAAAACUAAAUAUAUAUCUAAAAGAAGGAUGGGAUAAAAGCAUAAAUAUUAAAAGAAAACAAGGCAUAAGGAAACAGUACAAUUGGUAGAUAAACACUAUUAGAUCAGAGUACACUCUGGUAAGAAAACCUUAGUAUUCAUUAAGCCUGUUUCACAGACCAUCCUGCAAUGUACUUGAAGUGCUGCUGCACAAAACCUGGCAACGCUGUAUGUCAUAUCAAAUUGGUAUCUUUAAGCAGCAGGGAAGAAUAAAAUUGACCUGUGUGACCUGGAAAUCUAUGCAGCGGUGGUGAAAUAAAACCAUUAUGUAUAUUUUUAUAGUACUGGCAGCUGAAAUCUUCACCUGUCUUAUAAGGCCGCUGUAAAGCACUUUGCACAUUAAAAUGCAAAUUAAACAACAA